CUGGCUCUGUCGCUGUCUCUACUGCAACGUCAAUGUCUGACGAAGUGCCUUUGGGGCGUCUAUCGCAAAUCUUCGAUACGCUCACAAAUCUGCAGCAACAGCAGCAACAAUCGCUGCAGGUGCAGGCCACAGCGGCGGCAGCGGAUCAGCGGCGACGUUCGGCCUCAUCGUCGCCCUCGCCGUCUGCCAGUGCAUCGGCCUCCAGUUCGGGCCGGGCCACGCCCUCGGCUGCGCUCUACUAUACGCAGAGCCACCAGAGCCACUACUUCCUGAGGCCCCAGGAUGGCAGCAGCGUGGGUUUCCUGCACACCUUUCCCUCGCACCUCUACCACCACCAGCAGCAGCAGCAGACUCAGCAGCAGACUCAGCAGCAGGCGCAGCAUCUGCUCCAACAACAACAGCUGCUGCAGCAGCCGCCGUCGCUGCCGGGGCGAUUGUCGGGCUCCCAGUCGCUGCACGGCUCUCCGUUGGUGGUCAAGCGGGCCACCUCGUUCAGCGGUCAAAUGCCGCUGGUGCAGGGGCGCCUCUCCAGCACCACCUCGACGCCGAACAGCCCGCGGCUGAUGCCACGGCGCGUGCCACGGCCCCCGCCCAUACCGGCCAAGCAGGGGGCCAAGGCGGAGGCGCCGCAGCCGACCGUGAAUCCUGUGAAUCCCGUGCUGGCCGCCCUGGAUGCCCCCGAUGCGCCGUGGCCGCACUUUUCCACGCUCACCGAGCACCUGGACGUCCAUCAGGUGAACAACUACGGACAGGCCCUGCCGGAGAUCAACUGGCAGGAACGUUGCCUGGAGCUGCAAUUGGAGCUGCAUCGAUCGAAGAACCAGGCGGGACGCAUACGGGAUAUGCUGCGUGAAAAGUUAACGGAGCUGGAGCAGCGCGUCAUCGAAGCGGAAGAACGCGCCGAGGAAGCUGAAGAUAAGGUGCGUGCCAUGGAGCAGCGGCUGAGUGAGUGGCCCAAGCCUCCCGCACAGCCACAUCCACACCCACAGUCGCAGCAGCAGCAGCAACAGCAGCAGCAAUCCCCCAAUCACCAGCAACAGCAGCAACAGCAGCUGCAGCAGCAGACACCUACAUCCGCGACAGCAGCAGCAGCAGCAGCAGGAGGAGGAGGAGCAGCAGCCGCAGCAGCAGCACUAGCAGCAGCAGCAGCAGGAGUUCCAGGAGUCCCACCCAUCGAGGCUGAGCGGACCAUCACCUCGUUGGAGAUCCAGGUGGAGGAGCAGCGACAGUUGCGACUGCAUGACGCCCGCCAGAUCGAGGCGAAGGCGGCCAAGAUCAAGGAGUGGGUGAACAAUAAGCUGCGGGAUCUCGAGGAGCAGAACCAGGUGCUGCGCGAGCAGAACGUCAAGUGCAACCAGCAGCUGGAGCUGCUGAAGAACCACAUCGCGAACCAGUCGCAGCGGCACAGCAUCGUUGGACCCGUGCGGAACAGUUUGAGCUUGGACGUGCAGGACUUUGCCGGCGGAUCGGCGGAGACGCGCAGGCGCAGCGAGAGCCUCGAUCCCUCGCAGGAGAUCAUCAGUCGCCCGCUGACCAGCUCCUAUCCGCACCACCAGCACCGGCGCAAUCUCUCAAUGGAGCCACAGGAGCUCGAACGCAAUCUGGUGGCGGCCGUCGACGGCCUCACCCUGGCCCCCCUCUCCAGCAUCUCCAGCAAGGCGCCCUCGAUGGGAGCAGUGGCCGGGGGGGGAUCACUGCCGCGCCCCGACAGCUCCGACACGGACACGGCCCACGACUAUGCGGAGAUCUACACGCCCUCGUGCGAGAAGCUGCCCGCCUGGAUGAAGAACAAUCCCGCCCUGAUGGCCAGCGGCGGCAACAGCAGCACCACCACCACAACCACCAGCGACCUGGGCGUGCCCCGGCCACCGACACCGCCGCUGCACCGCUUCCCCAGCUGGGAGGCCAAGAUCUACCAGGUGGCCAACGAUGGGUUGGCCGGCACAGGUCCCGGCACCGGCACCAGCACCGCCGAGAGCACCGCCAGCCACGAGCCAGAUGGUGGCGCCGCCACCGCCAACAAUACCCUGUCGAACGGAAGGUCACGCCACGGGACACACGGCCAUGGCCAUGGGGGACACGGACAUGGACACAAGCAUGGCACCGGCACCGGCACGGGCACGGGCACGGGCACGGGCGGUGAUGGCAAUGGAACACUGGGCAGCAGCGGCACACCGGGCACACCGCAGCCGCCAACGCGGCAGCAACAAACCGCCAGCGGCGGCUUCUGUGAUAUUUCGGUGCCCGUGUACGCAACGGUCAAGGGACGGGCCUCCCAGAUCCGCUCGAUGCCCUUCACCGGCGACUCGAGCGACGACUCCAGCGAUGGGGAGGACCAUGCCGUGAUGCUCACCCACAAUUCGCACAACUCCAGCAGCACAGACAACACGGAGACCUCCACCUCCGGCAGCGCUUCGAGCCCCUCCAAGAGCCUGAAGACCUCAUCGAGCCUCAGUCCCGCCAAGCGCAGUGGCUCCGAGAGCCCCAAGAAUGUCAAGGCGCGUGUCCAUCUCCAUCAGCCACGCACAUCCACACAGCCACAGCCACAGCAUAUGCACCUGCACCAACCACUGCACCACCAACAUCACCACACCACAUUGCCCCACCAGGGGCUGACGCUGACGCUGUCGCCGACAUUCCUGCCACUGGGCGCGGCAGGGCAGAGUACGCUGCCACGUGCCCACCAGGCUGCUGCGGCUACGGCUAAGGCUACGGCUACGGCUACGAUGCGGCUACCAGUGCCACCGAUCGUCUCGCCCCGUUGCAUCGCCUCUGCAUCCAGUACCCAGCACAUGCGUGGCACAGUAAUUUCAGAUCUUUCCUUUGAAUCAGGCCUCUCGGACGACUACGCCCUGCCCCCGGACGCCGUGUCGGAGUCCACCUGCAUGGACGCCUCGAUGCCGUCGCUGCUGAUGCGCGCCUCCUAUGUGGAUUCGCCCAGCAAGAAGAUUGAGUCCCUGGAGAAGAUGGGUCACCUGGCCAAGCUGGGUGGCAAGCUGAAGACGUGGCGCAAGCGCUGGUUCGUCCUGAAGAACGGCUCCCUGAACUACUGGAAGAGCCAGCAUGAUGUGCAGCGUAAGCCGCAGGGGCAGAUCCAGCUGGACGAGGCAUGCCGCAUCAAUCGGGGCGGAGGGAGCCUCCACCUUGAGAUAGACACCGGCAAGAAGGUCUACUACCUGACGGCCGACUCCCAUGCCACCAUGGACGACUGGAUCCGCGUGCUGCAGAAUGUGCAGCGUCGGAAUGCCACCAAGCUGCUGCUCAGCCGCGACGACCAGAAGCCCACGGUCCAGGGCUGGGUGACCAAGGUGAAGAAUGGCCAUGCCAAGAAGUGCUGGUGCGUGCUGCUCGGCAAGAUGUUCUACUUCAAGGCGCCAGCGGAGACGAAUCCGCUCGGGCAGAUCAACAUGCGCGACGCACGCGUCGAGGAGGUGGAACACGUCUCGGACUCUGAUUCGGAGGAGCGCGAGGAUGCUGCCCAGGACCAGGCACGGCUUACCGUUGCCAUCUAUCCGGCACACCAGGGACCCACCUACCUGAUCCUGUCCGGCAAGCCGGAGCGCGACAAUUGGCUCUACCACCUGACGGUGGUCUCUGGCGGCGGUCCCAGCGCUGGCACCCAGUACGAGCAGCUCGUACAGAAGCUCAUGGAGACAGACGAAGAUCCAAAUUGCGUUUUGUGGCGUCAUCCGAUAUUGCUGCACACCAAAGACACCAUCACGGCACCGCUCACGUCCAUGCACACGGAGACCAUGCAGCCGGAGGCCAUUAAGCUGUUCAAGAGCAUUCAGCUGUUCAUGUCGGUGGCUGUGAACCAGCCGGGCAUCGAUUACCAUGUGGUGCUGGCACAGAAUGCACUGCAGCAUUCGCUGGACAUGCCCGAGCUGCAGACGGAGAUGAUCUGCAUACUGAUCAAGCAGACCUCCCGGCACAUGGGCCAGAAGCUCAGUGUCGGCGUCCAGGUAAACAAGAAGCUGGGCAAGCAAACGCGCCAACUACUGUUGUGCGCCACCCAAAGCCUGUUCACCUGUGAUACCCAACAGGCGGGCAAUGCCCAUGCCAAUGGCAGUUCGCCCACAUCCAUUCAGGCACCCGUUGCCGCGCCCAUCAUUGACUGCAAGUCGAAUCCGCCGGCGUACAGCUUCGUGCAGGGCUGGCAGCUGCUCGCCCUGGCCGUCUCCCUGUUUGUGCCCAAGUCCAGUCGCCUGCUGUGGUACUUGAAGCUGCAUCUGUCACGGAAUGCGGACACCAAGACGGAGACGGGCAAGUAUGCGGCCUACUGUGAGCGGGCCCUGGAGCGCACACUGAAGAACGGCGGCCGCGAGACGAAGCCCUCGCGCAUGGAGGUGCUCUCCAUUCUGCUGAAGAACCCAUAUCACCACUCCCUGCCCCAUGCCAUACCCGUGCACAUGAUGAACGCCACCUACCAGGUGGUCUCCUUUGACGGCUCCACGACCAUCGAGGAGUUCCAGGCGACGCUCGCCCACGAGCUGGGCACCCGCGAUGCCAGCAAUGGCUUCUGCCUGUUCAGCGAUGAUCCCAUCGAGAAGGAUCUGGAGCACUAUCUGGAGCCGCUGGCCAAGCUGUGCGACGUGAUCAGCAAGUGGGAGACGGCGCUGCGGGAGAAGGGCUCCGGCAAGUUCGAGAACUCGCGCGUCAUCCAGCUGAGCUACAAGAACCGGCUCUACUGGAAGCACACCAUCAAGUGCGAGACGGACAAGGAGCGGCUGCUGCAGUGCUACCAGACGAACGCCCAGAUAGUCCAGGGCCGCUUCCCGCUGUCCCGCGAGCUGGCCCUGGAGCUGGCCUCGCUCAUGUCGCAGAUCGACAUGGGCGACUACUCGCUGGAGAAGUCGCGCGACGUGGGCGUCGGCCUCAAGGGGCUGGACAAGUUCUAUCCGUACCGCUAUCGGGACGCCCUCGGGGCCGAGCAGCUGAAGGAGGUGCAGGAGCUGCUCAUCUCCAAGUGGAUGCUGCUCAAGGGCCGGUCCACGCUCGACUGCGUCCGCAUCUACCUGACCUGCUGCCGCAAGUGGCCCUACUUCGGGGCCUGCCUCUUCCAGGCCAAGCCCCGCCAGAGCGAGACCUCGCACGUGGCCUGGCUGGCCGUCGCCGAGGAUGCCCUGAACGUGCUGGAGUUGUCCACAAUGGCGCCGGUGGCGCGCUAUCCCUACAGCUCGGUGAUGACCUUCGGCGGCUGCCAGGACGACUUCAUGCUGGUCGUCUCCCACGACGACGGCACCCUGGCCGGCGGCUGCGAGCAAAAGCUGCUCUUUGCCAUGAGCAAGCCCAAGAUCUUGGAGAUCACCCUGCUCAUAGCCGACUACAUGAACGCCCUGGGCCACACGGUGCCCGGCACACCGCAGAUGAAUUCCCUUACCCGCAACGGAUCGCAUCGCUCGCUGCGGACCUCGAAUCGGCCUGCUCCCGGUGCUGGGAGCACUGUGGUUGCCUCAGGCCUCACCAGCAUUGGCCUGGGCAUUGGCACAGGCGGACCGGGCAGCGGCACUGGCUUCUCCACCAACGCCACCACCACGGCCCACAACACGCUCAACUCCCAUGCCACGCACACUUUGAACUCCACCCACUCGCACACGCUGAGCAGCUCGCAUCACGCCACAACCGGCGGAGGUAGUCAUCCUGGAACACUCAGCUCGGGCCACCAUCAUCACCAGCAGCAGCAACAGCAGCAUCACCACCACCAGCCGGAUAUACUGAAGAGCACGCCCGACCAUCAGCGGAUCAAGUAG